AUGUCGUUCCUCCGACGUUAUAUCGAAUGGACUCUGGGCACACUCCUCUACCGGCGGCGAGGCUAUGAUCACGACCUCUUCCACAAGGGACAGGCAUUCAACAACUUCCCCAAACCCACCUUUGAUGUUUCGUCUCCGGACUGCGGUCCAGCAGGCGCAAAGCUCGGCCUCGAAUACUCGCAAUUGGGAUCGGGCAAAGUGCCCCAACUGACCUGGCCAGCCAGCGGCCCUGAAGUCAAAGAGUACGUUAUCAUCAGCGAAGAUCCCGAUGCUCCGUUGGGCCAUUCCAAUGUCCAUGGAAUUUACUGUUUCGUUCCCGCGACCAAAACCAGCUUUGGUCCGGCAGACCUCGAGCUUUCGGGCGAGGAGCAAAACGGAGUGAAGCAGCUUCGCAGUGGUUAUCGGUGGGGGAAGAACAGGCGCAAUAUCGUCUACAUUGCGCCGCGGCCUCCACUAGGCCAUGGACCGCAUCGGUACUUUUUCGAGGUCGUUGCUCUAAGCGAGCCUUUGGGUCCGGAGAAGCUGAGUGCUGUGCCAACCAAGCAGGAGGUGUCGGAGUUGAUUGUAGGCAAAGUGUGUGGAUGGGGAAUGUGGACGGCGACUUUUGAGCAGGAAUGGAGUUGA